CAUCCGGUUCCGUCCAGCGCCAUUUUGAUGAAACAGCGAGGAGACGAGCACCACGGACCAACGAGAUGGAUUUAUGGAUUUAAACCGAAAAAACAUCUGAAUUACUUUCAUUUCUGUUGGGAAUAUUACCGUCGAAGUUAACCAUUUUCUCCUUAAUCGUGUAACUGACGGAUUUAGAAGAUUAUCUGGCUGCCGACUGGGGUGUUACCGUUAGCUGUUAGCUUUUGUUAGGCCGUUGGUGUUUCAUAAUGUGUUGAGUAGCAUGCUAGUUAGCAUUUAUACGCAUCUAACGAAAUCAGAGAGACAUUUUAGGGUCUGGUAGUGUCUAAAAAAAUCUUGUGGACUCCUUCGGAGGAUUUCUCAGAAUUUUUGGGACUUUUUUUUUUUUUUACAGGGCCCGGUAGUCUUUAAAAAAAGGAACUGCACCAGAACGACACUAAAUAAGACUGUUGCUCAGGAAAGUCAAGGCCCGCUGCUAGCUGCCUGAGCGGCUUGUGGCGCUUUGGGUUUCCACCAAGGACAAUUCACCAAGGACUUGGCCUCAUUUAUAUCAGUAUCGUAAAAUUUACUGUGCUGCAUGAGCUCUCUUGGAUUUGGUGGCAUUACAAUGUGUUUUCAUGAACUUUGGUCUCGUACGUCGUACAUUUUUCUGUGGCACUUACUUGAUAUGGACUCUGUCGUCCUCUGCGAGCUGAGCCUUAAUACAUUUUAGCCCUUUCUCUUGUCAAGAGUGUUUCAACAAACUGGAAGAAGGUUUACCAAUUAAAGUCUAAACAUUUAGCCUCAUGUGUUCAGUGUUGACGCUGUUUUUUAUAUAACAGAUCUGUUUUUUCCCUUAUCUUGUGCUUGAUUGAGGUUAUAAGUAGACCUGUAAAAAUGUCGUGUGUUCACUAUAAAUUUUCUUCCAAACUGGACUACAACACAGUCACGUUCGAUGGACUGCAUAUUACACUUAGCGAGCUUAAGAAGCAGAUUAUGGCUCGGGAGCGCCUCAAGGCCACAGACUGCGACCUGCAAAUCACCAAUGCGCAGACGCGAGAAGAAUACACAGAUGAUGAGGUCCACAUCCCAAAACACUCGUCUGUCAUCGUCCGCCGCACUCCGAUUGGUGGAGUAAAGCCUGCUGGCAGGACGUUCAUUGUAGAUCGUUCUGACACAGCUGUGGUUGGAUCUUCUAGACCCGUAUGUAAAACAAACCCAGAACAACACUUUGUCCUCCUCCUCACAUCUCUCUCUCCCACUCUAUCUGGCUUUAGUCACUUCUCUUGAGAACAUUAUGUCAACAGAAAUCCAGUUGAAUAUUCUGUUCACUUGUUUCCUAUAUAUUAAUUUUGUUGUUCUUCAGAUUAUUACCUUGUUAUUUGACGUGUUUCUUGGCAAGUGGUUUGUUGAAGUCACCACAGCUGAAAUAAUUUGUUACUCUAAAAACAGUUCCUCAGUUCUAUUUUGGAAAUAGCAAUUUAAUGUAAAGGGUGACUAAAGGCGAUGGCGUUAAAGAACCAAAUCAGCCAUUUUGUUUAUAUGCAUUGAAAUGACUGUUGAAUUGUUGCCACAUUAUAGUUUUCACAAAAGAUUGAAUCUUUCCUGUGUUUCAUGAUGAAGUGGAUUUGUAGCCUGCUUUAUGACCAAUGUUUUAAGGUAUUUGUAAGAAAAAUUGUGGUAUUUUUGUAUUGAUAAUUUAUUGUCAUUGUUGAUUUCUGUGAACAUAUUUUAUCUGGUUAAGAACUUAAGGAAUUAAAGUGUGCCUGAGAUCUAUUGUUAUUAAUUUUGAUUCCACUUUAAGGACUGAAGUUGUGUAAGUUGAGUAGAUCUAUCAGGUUUUUUUUUUUGUUCAGGAAGUUUUUUGUGCAUAAACAUAUAUCUGUUCAAAUGGUUUCCCAUAACUUAUCUGUCACUUUUGUCUUGUACAAUUUCAUCACAAAUAUAUUCAUUCCGCCUUGCUUUAAGGAUGGUCUGCACAUACCCCCUUUAGACCUUCGAACCCUCAGUUUUACGCAGCUGAGCUUUUAGCUUCUAAGAUAUAGUUUUUAAACAGCUAAUUUUGAGCUGAUUUUCUUGACUUCAAGAAAAUCUGGACUUGUUGAGAUUAUAUUUACAAGGUGAUCCUGAUGACGCUCCUUUUGCUAAGAUGCUGUAAUCUGUUCUCGAACCUGUGAUGUUGUGAGAUGAAUGCCCUGAUUCUGGAGGCCUUCCAUGGUUACUGCAGAGAGAGGUGGAAUGGUGUCGUGUGUCCUGUAAGCUGCAGAACCUGUCAAUAAAGUUCUUCAGUGGUUCUUUGUCAGAUCCACUUGCACCAGA